UGACCCCCCUGGUCCCGUGGAGGGGGUCUGGGCCUACCCUUCACAAAUGCCUCUCAAGGACAGUUCAGAUAAAGGGCCCCGCACAGAAACAGUGACUUCCCCUUGCCUUUUGCACAUGCACCUGGAAAAGACACAGAAGCCAACCUGAGAACUCCUGGUGCUAUUUUCAACGAGACGUAGAGCUGAACAGCAGUGAGAAAAGUCUGCAGGAACUGCCGCCUGAGCCACGCCGGAGAACCGAAGGCCCCACCGGCCCUGGCCUCGAAGGCGUGUGCCCAUGCAGCCGCCCAAAUGCGCACGUGACAGCAAGGCCAGAUGGGUGUGGGGUGCACAGGUAGCCGCAACCCUCUCAGGCACUGCAGCCACAGAACAUCAGAGCCAGUGAGUGCCAUGCAGGCCAUGGCCUCAGAGAACCUGACUGUGCUGGGUGGAAAAACAGGACGCCGGAGCCCACCAGACAGCGCCGAUGAGCAGAGAAGCUCGGAGAGCCGGUGUCACACGACGGCAGGAAGGGUGACAACCUCAGUCGGAAACCAAGACGGAACUCAGGCCCGCCACGUCACCCCAGAGGCUUUUCCAGCACUCCUGAUGUUCCGUACUGGCCUUAAAACUAACUUUGGAGAAGCCAGGGGCGAGGAGGCAGGAAACCCCUCCAGCUGGAGGCACCCUGGCGUGCCAGCCACAGAGCACCCUGAAGUCACCGUCAUCCCAGUCCCUGGCAUUCCCACUGCCCUCCGGGGCUACCGCACUGCUUCAGCUGGGGGCACAGGGGCAUGGCAGAGGCGUGGGAAGCGGCCUCCCCACCGGCACUGGGAUUGGCUGGUCCAAGCCCAGAACUGGAUUCACUCCACAACGCACACAUACCUGGGGCUGUUUUGAAUACAGAGCAGCAGGUGGGUUAUUUAUUUAAAAUGUGUAUUGUGCUGUAUGACGUUUCAGAAACAUAAAUGGCAUUCUGUUAUUUAUUAAGACCACCUCCAAUUGUUCUCUGGCUGUUUUUUUUUUUUUUCAGUUGUGUCUAGCAAAAUACUUAUCUGCCCUUUGAAAUAAAAAGUUUAAAAAAAAAAACUCAGAACACUCA